ACAUUUAUUUACAUAUGUCAGGUGUUAGUAUUUAACCCAAUUUAACAGCUGAAGGAAAUAAUUUUAUAUUAUAUAUUAACCGUUAACUGGAAUAAAAUGGCCAGAUAUUUUAAGGAACAGGAUAUUGACGAAUUCAGAGAAUGUUUCUAUUUAUUUGCCCGAUCAGGACAGAUUAAGUCACUUGAUGAACUUACAGUAAUCAUGAGAAGCUUGGGGUUAUCACCCACUAUAUCAGAAUUAACUGCAUAUCUGAAGCAAAAGCAAGGAAAAAUGUCGUUUGCUGAUUUUUUGGAAGUUAUGCAUGUUCAUUCAAGAGUCGAAGAUAUACCUAGAGAAAUUAUUAAUGCAUUUAAAGCUGCCGACCCUGAUGGUACUGGUGUAAUUCCAGCAAAACAACUACGACAUUUAUUGCAUAACUGGGGUGAGUGUCUCUCUGGAAAAGAAGUGGAUAGAAUUUUUCGAGAGGCUAAUGUUAACCCAAACAGUAUGGUACAAUAUGAAGACUUUGUCAAAAUAGCAUGUGCCCCAGUUCCAGAUUAUUAUUAAGCACUUAAGAAAAUUAAUCUACGCAGAUUAUUUUUAAAAUAUUAUUUAGUGGUUGUGGUUUUCUUAUUUUUAUCAGUUUUAUUAAUUGGAAUUAUUUUUUGUUCUAUUACUAUUGAUAAAUAUACUAAAGACAUUUGAACUUACAACUAUAUUCAGUAUUACAAAUGUUUCUAUUUAUAUGUAUACGCUUACUCAUCUAUAAUAAUAAAUUAUUUUGGAAAGGUA